CCGUUCUGAGCCGAGCCGGAGCCCGAGCCGGAGCCGGAGCCGGGGCCGGCGCCAUUGCGCGGGCGCCGCGGGGAGAGCUUGGCGCGGGGCGGCGGGCCGGGCCAGGCCAUGCGGGCCGAGUGAGCCGGCGCCCGCAGCCCGCGGCGCGGCAUGGCUUCCCCGCCGAGCUCCGGGCAGCCCGGGCCGCCGCCGCCGCCGCCACCGCCGCCCGCGCGCCUGCUGCUGCUCCUGCUGCUGCCGCUGCUGCUGCCGCUGGCGCCCGGGGCCUGGGGCUGGGCGCGGGGUGUCCCCCGGCCGCCGCCCAGCAGCCCUCCGCUCUCCAUCAUGGGCCUCAUGCCGCUCACCAAGGAGGUGGCCAAGGGCAGCAUCGGGCGCGGCGUGCUCCCCGCCGUGGAACUGGCUAUCGAGCAGAUCCGCAACGAGUCGCUCCUGCGCCCCUACUUCCUCGACCUGCGGCUCUACGACACCGAGUGUGAUAAUGCAAAAGGGUUGAAAGCCUUCUACGACGCAAUAAAAUAUGGGCCGAACCACUUGAUGGUGUUUGGAGGAGUCUGUCCAUCUGUUACGUCCAUCAUCGCAGAGUCCCUCCAAGGCUGGAAUCUGGUACAGCUCUCUUUUGCUGCCACCACGCCUGUUCUAGCAGAUAAGAAAAAAUACCCCUACUUCUUUCGGACAGUCCCAUCAGAUAACGCAGUGAAUCCAGCCAUCCUGAAGUUGCUGAAGCACUACCAGUGGAAGCGAGUGGGCACACUGACCCAGGACGUGCAGCGCUUCUCCGAGGUGAGGAACGACCUGACCGGGGUUCUGUAUGGUGAGGACAUCGAGAUUUCAGACACUGAGAGCUUCUCCAAUGAUCCCUGCACCAGUGUCAAAAAGCUUAAGGGCAACGACGUGCGGAUCAUCCUUGGCCAGUUUGACCAGAAUAUGGCAGCAAAAGUGUUCUGUUGUGCAUAUGAGGAGAAUAUGUACGGUAGCAAAUACCAAUGGAUCAUCCCGGGCUGGUAUGAGCCUUCCUGGUGGGAGCAGGUGCACACAGAAGCCAACUCAUCCCGUUGUCUCCGGAAGAAUCUGCUUGCUGCCAUGGAGGGCUACAUCGGCGUGGACUUCGAGCCUCUGAGCUCCAAGCAGAUCAAGACCAUCUCAGGAAAGACGCCACAGCAGUAUGAGAGAGAGUACAACAACAAGCGGUCAGGCGUGGGGCCCAGCAAGUUCCAUGGGUACGCCUACGAUGGCAUCUGGGUCAUCGCCAAGACGCUGCAGAGGGCCAUGGAGACGCUGCACGCCAGCAGCCGGCACCAGCGGAUCCAGGACUUCAACUACACGGACCACACACUGGGCAGGAUCAUCCUCAACGCCAUGAACGAGACCAACUUCUUCGGGGUCACGGGUCAAGUUGUGUUCCGGAACGGGGAGAGAAUGGGGACCAUUAAAUUUACUCAAUUUCAAGACAGCAGGGAGGUGAAGGUGGGAGAAUACAAUGCUGUGGCUGACACACUGGAGAUCAUCAACGACACCAUUAAGUUCCAAGGAUCUGAACCACCAAAAGACAAGACCAUUGUCCUGGAACAGCUUCGUAAGAUCUCCCUACCUCUCUACAGCAUCCUCUCCGCCCUUACCAUCCUGGGAAUGAUCAUGGCCAGCGCUUUUCUCUUCUUCAACAUCAAGAAUCGGAAUCAGAAGCUGAUAAAGAUGUCAAGUCCGUAUAUGAACAACCUUAUCAUCCUCGGAGGAAUGCUUUCCUAUGCAUCCAUCUUUCUCUUUGGCCUGGAUGGGUCCUUUGUCUCUGAAAAGACCUUCGAAACCCUUUGCACCGUCAGGACCUGGAUUCUCACCGUGGGCUACACGACCGCCUUUGGGGCAAUGUUCGCAAAGACAUGGAGGGUCCACGCCAUCUUCAAAAAUGUGAAAAUGAAGAAGAAGAUCAUCAAGGACCAGAAACUGCUCGUGAUCGUUGGGGGCAUGCUGCUGAUUGACCUGUGCAUCCUGAUUUGCUGGCAGGCUGUGGACCCCCUGAGAAGGACGGUGGAGAGGUACAGCAUGGAGCCGGACCCGGCAGGACGGGACAUCUCCAUCCGCCCUCUCCUAGAGCACUGUGAGAACACCCACAUGACCAUCUGGCUUGGCAUCGUCUAUGCCUAUAAGGGGCUUCUCAUGUUGUUCGGUUGUUUCUUAGCUUGGGAGACCCGAAACGUCAGCAUCCCCGCACUCAAUGACAGCAAGUACAUUGGGAUGAGCGUCUACAACGUGGGGAUCAUGUGCAUCAUCGGGGCUGCCGUCUCCUUCCUGACCCGGGACCAGCCUAACGUGCAGUUCUGCAUUGUGGCCCUGGUCAUCAUCUUCUGCAGCACCAUCACCCUCUGCCUGGUGUUUGUGCCAAAGCUCAUCACUCUGAGAACAAACCCAGACGCAGCAACUCAGAACAGACGAUUCCAGUUCACUCAGAAUCAGAAGAAAGAAGAUUCUAAAACCUCCACCUCAGUCACCAGCGUGAACCAAGCAAGCACGUCCCGCCUAGAGGGCCUGCAGUCAGAAAACCAUCGCCUGCGAAUGAAGAUCACAGAGCUGGACAAAGACUUGGAAGAGGUCACCAUGCAGCUGCAGGACACGCCAGAAAAGACCACCUACAUUAAACAGAACCACUACCAAGAACUCAAUGACAUCCUCAACCUGGGGAACUUCACUGAGAGCACAGAUGGCGGAAAGGCCAUUUUAAAAAACCACCUCGAUCAAAAUCCCCAGCUACAGUGGAACACGACAGAGCCCUCUCGAACAUGCAAAGAUCCUAUAGAAGAUAUAAACUCCCCAGAACACAUCCAGCGCCGGCUGUCCCUCCAGCUCCCCAUCCUCCACCACGCCUACCUCCCGUCCAUUGGAGGCGUGGACGCCAGCUGUGUCAGCCCCUGCGUCAGCCCCACCGCCAGCCCCCGCCACAGACACGUGCCACCCUCCUUCCGAGUUAUGGUCUCGGGCCUGUGAGGGCGGGAGGUCUGGGGCCGGGGCCUCCCCCGCGACGGAACCACACGGAGCAGAGGCAUCUGCUACAGGAACCCUGUCAGCUCUGGCCGCGGAGAAGCUGGCGCCACGGCUGGCCUUGCGGGACUGCUCGAUGGCACGGAGUGCACAAGAUGGGGGGCACUUGGCACCUGACCUCGCGCCUUAUUUGUGAAGUUUUCAUUCUUUCACAAAGAAGAGGAAUGAAAAUGACUUCUUCCUUAAUGUCUGCAAAGGAGGAGGAGCUAGGAUAUUUGAAACUUGGCAAAAAAAAAAAAUCCUAGACAAGGAGAAAGUCACUAGAACUCCAGCUAGAAGUCACUGAGUGGCCCUGAGCAGCCUUGAAAAGAGGCGAGGGGCUUCUGGAGAAACCGCCUCUGCCUCUGCACACAUGCCACCGGCUGUGGCCUCCCAAGCCAGCCCUUCUCCCCUCUGGGGAAGGAGGUGGGCAGGGCAGCCAGGCUCCCAGCUGCCAGUCCAGCCAACCCCAGCCUUCCUGGAACAGGGAGUCUACAGGGAGGGCAGCCGGGCACAGCUCUGUGGGCCGAGGGCUGGGGUACCGGAGCAGGCUGACUCGCAUGCCUCCCGGUGGGACUUACUCUCUGAUAAAUGCCACACAUUAAUACAAUAACACCCGUUCCGGGACCGUGGGGAUUUAGGGCACGUCACUGCAGACACGCUCUGCAGCAUUCACCCACAGUCGGCCAUGCACCCACCACGUCAGCCACGUCCUUGUGUUCGUAUCAGGUGUUCCCCAUAAUAAGGGGGGCACCCGAGCUAAUCAUAGAAUGUCUGUUCCCAGCAAACACGAUAAAGAAAGAUUGUGCACUUUAACCUCUCUCAUCAGGGCCCAAGGGCUGGCUGGGGUUUUGUUUUGUUUUUUUCCACUGACUUUGUUUCUGACCAAAGUGAAUCAGGGGCAUCUGCUAGAAGACAUCCCUGUAGUCACGGGGAGAGAGUUGCUAGCUGCGGGCUUCCCUUAACUUCCAGAAGGCAGCCUUCAUUGGGACAAGCCGGCAAGCUCUGCCCUUGGGGGGUCCCAGGGGUGAUCAGUCAGCACACUGAUUCUCAUUCAUAAGAUCACUCUUCCCUUUUAAACGAACCCCAAAGAGCACUGGCCUGGGAGUCACAAAGACCUGGUUUCAAGUCCUUGCUCCACUGCUGACUCCCUCCAUGACCUUGGGCAAGUCACUUGUGUCUCUCUGAGCCUCAGU